GGGCCGACGAGCGCCGCAUGAACGUCGCCAUCACCCGCGCCAAGAGCGGCCUCUGGAUCGUGGGCAACUCCAACCUGCUCAAGCAGAGUCGAGCGUGGCGCGCGCUCAUCCAGCACACGAAGGACCACAACCGGUACAUCCCCGACAGCGCCGCGCUCUUCGCCGCCAGCUCCUCGACUCGGAAGACGAGUAAAGCGCCCGGCAAGCAAGCAAGUAACUAAGUGACCGGCUAUUGACACCAAAUAUCCAUCAACUUCAACAGCAGCACUUCAACCUUGUCCUCCAAUCAGAGCCGCCCCCUCGCACCACACCACUCUCACAUAAAACUUUAAAAUUUCAGCGAAUCAAAAGCCUUAAAAC